AUGUCGUUGCCCUCAACCGAUACAAGGCUCAUUAUGCAGGCAGUGCACACAGCCACAGAAGACUUAGGGUUUUGUCGCAAUCGCGUCUGGGCAAUAGCUAAGAGUCUGCCAGGGGGUGUUGGACAAUUCCCCAAAUUACUCCCUCCGCGGGAGACUCUAUCCUUCAAAGUGAAAAGGGAAGACCAUGAGCUCUGUACAUUUGACUUCUGCGAGCAAUCUCGAGUGAACUUUACUCUGGUGAAGCAGCGUCAUGAACCGUUUUGUGAUGAGACCCGCUGUCCUGCCACAGAGUUCCCUUUAGGGCAUGUGGAAGACGCUAUUCGCAAAGGACAACCCACAGUGUGGGAUCUCAAAGGAACGAAAACUCUUAAAGAAAACGAGCGCUACAUGGCAAUCUCUCAUGUUUGGUCGGACGGUACCGGCGUCGGGAACCAAGCCCCCGGCUAUGUGAACAGCUGCUUGCUGAAGUUCUUUCGAGGCUUCGCCCAGAAUUCCGAGUGCAAGGGUCUAUGGUGGGAUACAAUCUGUAUUCCAACAAAAAAAGAGCUUCGGGAAAAAGCCCUAAAGUAUAUGCACCAAACUUACACCGCUGCGGCAGUCACACUAGUACAUGAUUGCUUUCUUCGAGCAUGCGAAUGGCGCGAUGCAUACUCGGCAUGCUUCUACAUCGUCAUGUCUCCAUGGUUCAGCCGAGGCUGGACGGCAUUAGAGUUAAAAAUGUCCCAAAAAGUGCAAAUAAUUUUCAAUAGCCCUAGUGGUCCUAUCACAAAGGAUCUAGACAAAGAUAUAUUGCAAGCAAAUAGCAACCAUCCCAUUCCCUUCGAGCACGAAGUCGCGAAAGGAAUCCUCAACAGACUCCGAGGGAACGAAGUUGGUCAGUUGAAUGACCUUGUGGCCAUUCUUGGUUCACGCCACACAUCAUGGCCAAGGGACAUGGCGAUCAUUUCAGGACUCAUGAUUGGAAUCGAACUGCCUGAAGAUUACGCCCACCAGAAGAUUUACCAGGAGAUUCUACAGACAAUUGGCAAAGUAUCGCAUGCGCAUCUGUUUCACAAUUCAGCAACCAUGACUAACGGUUAUAACUGGUGUCCUACAAACCUCUAUGAUCUUCCAGUAACACUUUCAACCCACACACUUCAGGUGGAAGAGAAUGGGAAUCUAUUUGGCGAGUGGAAUGUCGUAUCUCUCGAUCUCAUCAAUGACGAAAGGUUCAUUAUAGAUCGUGCCCAUCCGUUAAUAGAGGCAAAGGUUCUGCUUGCUCGACAGAAGAAAGAUCAACAUUUCUUACUCGUUGAGCCUGACCUCACUUCUGAAGAGUCUAAGAUAGGAAGAGCUCUUCUGGUCCAGCCUUCAGUUAGACGUGAUGGGAACUUCCUCAAUUGCUAUUGCGAUUAUAUUGGUCCAGUUUAUUUCCAUCCCCCAUUGAUGAGAUCAGAGAUCGAAAAGGUCGAUGAGACUUUGUUAUUCAAUAUUCACGUUGGAUACGAUGAGAAAAUUCACAACGGCAGCGGUCAAAGCACAGAAACUGAAACGAAUAUCCAGAUCAUGAUCCAGGACAUGAAGAGCGGUUCACCGAAUAUGCAAUACAAGACACGAAAACGUGGGUUGGAAACAUUUGACCGUAUUGCAUGGGAUCGAUCCAAAUUAUGGGAAGAAUUCAAGAAGGCUGCCAUUGGUGGCGAUCACGAGAAUGUCGAACAUCUCCUCCUGAAUAAGGCACUCAAUCUGAACCAAACAGAUCAAUCUGGAUGGUCCGUAUUACAUCAUGCCGUGUGGAAUGGUCAAACAAUAGUAGCCAAGCUACUUGUCAAAAAAUUGAACCUUCGACAAAGGAGUGCUCGGGGCGAGGAGGCACUUCACCUCGCAGCAGAUCGUGGCAAUGAGGAACUGAUGACCAUGCUUUUAAAAGGUUCUACUCCCAAUCUAAAGCGCAAAGAUGGAUUGAAUGCCCUGCACCUAGCGGCAAUGAGGGGCUUCACCAGGGGCGUGGAGAAGUUGCUACAAGACAAGUGGAAUAUCAAUACAACCGAUCUUAAAAAGCAGACUGCACUACAUAUGGCAUCUUCUCGGGGUCAUGAAGGUGUUGUGCAUGCUCUCACGAAGCAAUACGCCGAUCACACCCUCAAAGACCGUGAAAACCAUACCGCUUUAUCCUUAGCGGUUUAUAAUGGCCACGAACAAACUGCGAAGAUACUCCAAAAAGCAGGGGCGAAUGUUGAUAUCCGGAAGAACGAUGACGGGACUAUGCUUCAUCAAGCAGUGUUAUUCAAUCGAGACAGAACCAUUGAGAUCCUCGGCAACAUCAAAGUGGACCUAGAAGCCCGAGAUAAAUAUAGACAGACCGCUCUUCAUCUGGCGGCGGAAAGAGGUCAGAUUACCGCUAUCAAGAUACUCACGAACCUCAAAGCGGACAUUGAGGCUAAAGAUGAAGAUGAUAAGACUCCACUUCAUCUAGCAGCGCAGAACAGUCAUAUCAGCGCUAUCAAGAUCUUAGCCAACCUCGAAGCAGAUCUCGAAGCCCGAGAUAAGUUUGACCGGACUCCGCUUCAUAUAGGAGCGGAAAGAGGUCAGAUCCCUGCUAUUAAGACACUCAUGAAGCUGAAGGUGGACAUCGAAGCCAAAGACGAAGAUGGCAAGACUCCACUUCAUCUAGCAGCGAAAAAUGGACAAGUUUCCGCUAUCAAGACGCUCGCCAAGUUUCAAGCUGAUCUCGAAGCACGAGAUAAAUAUGGCGAGACCCCACUUCAUACAGCGGCGGAAAAUGGCCAUGUUACCGCUAUCAAGGCAUUUGCGAACCUUAAAGUAGAUCUUGAGGCACAAGAUAGAUUUGACAUGACUCCACUUCACCUAGCGGCGGAGAGCGGCCACGUUGCUGCUAUCAAGACACUCGCAGACUUUAACUUAGAUCUUGAAGCUAAGAAUGAAAUCAGCAAGACUCCACUUCAUAUAGCAGCGAGAAAAGGCCAGGUUCGUGCUAUUGAGGCACUCGCCAACCUUGAAGCGAAUCUCGAAGCCCGAGAUAAAUACGGCCAAACUCCGCUUCAUCUAGCAGCGGAACACGGGCACGUUGCCGCUAUCGAGGCACUUGCACGGCUUAACGUGGAUAUCGAAGCUAAAGAUGAAGACGAUAAGACUCCGCUUCAUAUAGCGGCGGAAAACGGGGAGGUCACCGCUAUUAAAGUUCUUGUGGACCUCCAAGCGGAUCUCACAGCUGAAGAUGAAGAUGGCCAGACUCCGCUUGAUUUGGCGAUAGAAAAAAGUCGGGCUGCCGCUAUCAAGCUACUCACUAGCCUUGGACAAAAAAUUGAAACCCGACAAGAAAUAUAG